CUCGCCGAUCAUAUACCACGGAGAACAAGGCUGGUGUUGUAGUCGGUGUAUACAACAACAAUGGUGAGGAUGUGUUAACAGAAGCUGCCACCAGCAUCAACACACAUUCUUCAGGAAACCUCACACGCCUCAUGCAAUAGUCACAUCAAUUUUGUGCGUGUUGGACGAUUGGAGGGAGACAGAAGUGUGUAAACAACAUUGUAACUGAGCAGGGUGGAGGCAGUCCACAGCAUGGCAUCAAGUGAAACUCGAUUGGAAGGCUCCAACUCACGUGUGACUGGUCGGGGAGUCAAGCGUACCCAUCCCAUUGUCCUAAAUGGCUUGGAUGGUACAACAGAAGAGAAGAACUCUGACUAUUUGUGUCCUGUGUGCUUGGACCUCAUAUCAGAGGCCCACAUGACAAAAUGUGGGCAUACUUUUUGCCGUGGGUGUCUGUUUAAUAGUAUAGAAUCUAAUAAACGAUGCCCUAAGUGUAAUUUUAGUGUUGAAAGUACAGAUCACAUAUUUCCCAAUCAUACUGUAAACCAGCAGAUACUAAAACAGCGUCGGGCGGCUGACUUACAGGCUGCCUUUUCAAAAAAAAACAAGACCGCUGCUCUUAGUGAACUCCGGAAUUACCUUAGUUUUGAUUCCUCUUGUCUAGGUGUCAGUGAUAUUACACACAUAAUAACUAUCUUACAGGAGAAGAAGGAGCAGUUGGAAGCUGCAUCAAUGCAAAACAAGUUUGAGCUCAUGAAGGACUUCCUAUCAGAGUUACGUAAGAAGAAGGAAGAGCAGUUGUCCACCGUUAGUAGAGAACUAAAACUCAUAACACAUGACCUAUCUAGUGUGCAAAAUAAUCUUGAAAGUGUUUUACCAUAUAGAACUUCAAAUAGCUGUGUACCUCAGAGUAACAGUGUCCCAAAUACUACUGGUGUGUUCCUUACUGAAAUUCUUGGCACUGACUGUCCUGGAACAUCAAAUGGAUCCCAGGAGAGUCCAAGUCCAACAGAAGAAGGAUUUAAUGUUCCUUUGUUCUCUCGAGCUUGUCCUGAAAAUUCCACAGUUCAAGCGAGACGAAAGAGAAUGCACUUCCACUUUGAUGAGUUGGAGGAGCGUUAUUUUAGUAUGCGGGUGCCGGGCUUCAGUGACUCGGGAAUGGAUGAUGAUGAUGAUGAUGGUCUUGACCAGUUUGGGGAGUGUAUAUCAAAAUUCACCCAUUACAGUGGGAUGCGUCCCUUAGCAACAAUCAGCUACAAUUGUGAUAUGUUUCAUCAGUCCAGCAAUAUUGCCUCCAGUAUAGAAUUUGACAAGGACAGUGAAUACUUUGCUGUAGCGGGUCUUACCAAAAAGAUUCGCAUUUUUGACUACGGCACAGUGAUCAGAGAUACGGUGGAUUUGCAUUACCCGUGUUCUGAAAUGCUCUGCACAUCAAAAAUUAGCUGUGUGAGCUGGAGUAAUUACAUGAAGCAUAUGCUGGCGAGUAGUGACUAUGACGGUGUAGUGACAGUGUGGGAUGCUUUCACCGCUCAGAGGCUUCAUGUUUUCCAAGAGCACGAAAAACGGUGUUGGAAUGUGGACUUUAACAAAAUGGAUACCAAACUAAUUGCCUCUGGCAGUGAUGAUCACAAAGUGAAGCUUUGGUCUUUAGACUGUGAGAGGUCUAUGACGUGCCUAGAAGCUAAAGCAAAUGUGUGUUGUGUGCAGUUUAAUCCAUCUAGUAGAUAUCAUUUAGCAUUUGGGUCAGCUGAUCACUGUGUUCAUUACUACGAUUUACGGAAUAUGAAGGAAGCAGUUAGAGUGUUUAAGGGUCACCGUAAAGCUGUGUCGUAUGUUAAAUUUGUGUCAAGCGAAGAUAUUGUUUCGGCCUCUACAGACAGUUUGUUAAAAAUAUGGAAUGUUAAUAAGUCUCACUGUGUGCGUUCACUGCAGGGACAUAUAAAUGAGAAAAAUUUUGUUGGUUUGGCAACCGACGGGGAAUAUGUGGCCUGUGGCUCGGAAAAUAAUUCUCUGUACGUGUACUAUAAGGGUCUAUCCAAGAAAUUGUUCAGCUUGAAAUUUGAUCAGAAGAAGUGGGUAUUAGACCCAGAACAAAAGGAGGAGGAAUCCUCUGAAUUUGUGUCUGCUGUUUGUUGGAGGAAAGGUUCCAAUAUCAUAGCUGCAGGAAACAGUAAAGGCAUUAUCAAAAUCUUGCAGAUGGUCUAGUUGAUUUGUUGCUGAACAUUCUUGAUAGAUUGACACUUUUUGACACAUCGAAAUAGCUUUAUGGGACUUUUUUUUCAUUAGACAAACUUACGACAGUACAGUUCAUAUUAUUGUAUAGAAUUAUGUCAUACCUAUAUUGUAGUUUUUAUAUGCUGUUUAUGUAAUAGUGGAAUUCAUUACCAUGAAAGACAUAAGUAUUGUAUAUUAUAUGGUUUUAGAAUAUUCCUAAAAUUCUAGUACAGUAGUACCACCAAAUGGUCUCACAUUGGUGUUUAUGUAAUUUUUGUGAAGAUCUUUGUCUAAUCUCCAUUUGAGUUUGGACACAGUAAAAUUGAAAAUGAUCACUUUGCGAAAACCAACAUGUACAUUUAUUCUGUAACGUCCAUAAUGGUGAUACCAUUCAUAGGUGCCCUUUUAGUUCUGAUAAUUUAUGCAGUAAUAGUACGGUUACAGAUUACAGUAUUCUUACGGCAUACUCUGUAUCAUGUAUCAUCAACCACAUUUGCAGAAUUGUAAUAUUUAAGUUAUUCUGUAUUUUAAGAGUGACAUAAUUAUAUAACCAUUCCAUUCUCAUUUGAUAAAAAAAUUAUACAUUCCCUAAAAUAUGACAAAUAUUUGUUGAAACUGAAAACCCUUUCAGCCUAUUCAAGAAUGGUUUCUACAUUUUAAUUGCUACCACUAUCCCCUACCAUUUCCCUCUUCCUUAGAUAGAACUGAAAGCUGUCUUACUGUACGGAAAGCUUUCAGUAAUAAUGAUAAUGGUGGUGUGGCAGACCAUACUAAGAGGAGUCUUACUUUUUUCAUCAGUCUGAUGAUUGUGUUUGUCUUAUGUGACAAAAUUUCUUUUCUUUUCUUUGUUUUUCUCUUCCUUUUCCUUUUCCCAGAAGGUAAGAAGUGCAUUAGACUAAUUCUUUGCUGGAUUGUGAUUUCUUUUCAGUCCAACCCUUUGAUAUUUUACGCCAAGUAUUCAGAGCACAUUAGUUAUAAAUGAAGCCAGGGUAGAAAUGAACAGGUCAUCAGUCACCAUUAUGUAACAGGCACAAAUGAUGUUAUCGUGUGGGUUGAAAUUUUCUUUCAAUGAAACAUGGAAACUG